GGGCGGGGACUCGGUCACGUGACGGCAGACGCCGCCCCGCCCACCUGCUUCCUGGCCCGCUCGGCCCGGCCCUGCCGUCCCGCUCCGCACGUGGUGUCCCCGCAGCCGCGCGCUCGCCCGCACCCGCACCCGCAGCCAUGGCGCCCGGCCAGCUCGCCCUCUUUAGUGUCUCCGACAAAACUGGCCUCGUGGAAUUUGCCAGAAACUUAACAGCUCUGGGUUUGGGUCUGGUUGCUUCCGGAGGAACUGCGAAAGCGCUCCGAGAUGCCGGCCUGACCGUCAGAGAUGUCUCUGAGCUAACGGGAUUUCCUGAAAUGUUAGGGGGUCGUGUGAAAACGUUACAUCCCGCAGUCCACGCUGGAAUCCUAGCUCGUAAUAUCCCAGAAGACAAUGCUGACAUGGCCAGACUUGAUUUCAAUCUUAUAAGAGUCGUUGCGUGCAAUCUGUAUCCCUUUGUGAAGACGGUGGCCUCUCCGGAUGUGACUGUGGAGAAGGCUGUGGAGCAAAUUGAUAUUGGUGGAGUGACCUUACUGAGGGCUGCAGCCAAAAACCACGCCCGGGUGACAGUGGUGUGCGAACCAGAGGACUACGCCGCGGUGUCCACAGAGAUGCAGAGCUCCGACAGUAAGGACACCUCCUUGGAGACCAGGCGCCAGUUAGCUUUGAAGGCGUUCACUCACACAGCGCAGUACGAUGAGGCCAUUUCAGACUACUUCAGGAAACAGUACAGCAAAGGAGUCUCUCAGAUGCCCUUGAGGUACGGCAUGAACCCCCAUCAGACGCCUGCCCAGCUGUACACGCGGCAGCCCAGGCUUCCCAUCACAGUUCUCAACGGAGCCCCUGGGUUCAUCAACCUGUGUGACGCUUUGAACGCCUGGCAGCUGGUGCAGGAACUCAGAGAAGCUUUAGACCUUCCAGCUGCAGCCUCUUUCAAACACGUCAGCCCAGCAGGUGCUGCUGUUGGAAUCCCCCUCAGUGAAGAUGAGGCCAGAGUCUGCAUGGUCUAUGACAUGUACAGUUCCCUUACACCUGUAUCGACAGCAUAUGCAAGAGCAAGAGGGGCUGAUAGAAUGUCUUCAUUUGGUGAUUUUAUUGCAUUAUCUGAUGUUUGUGACGUCCCAACUGCAAAGAUUAUCUCCAGAGAAGUGUCUGAUGGUAUUAUUGCCCCAGGAUAUGAAGAAGAAGCCUUAAAAAUACUUGCCAAAAAGAAGAACGGAAACUACUGUGUUCUUCAGAUGGACCAGUCUUACAAACCAGAUGAAAAUGAAGUUCGAACUCUUUUUGGCCUUCAUUUAAGCCAGAAGAGAAAUAAUGGUGUCAUCAACAAGUCGUUAUUUAGCAAUGUGGUUACCAAGAACAAAAAUUUGUCGGAAGCUGCCCUCAGAGACCUCGUUGUCGCCACCGUCGCUGUCAAGUACACUCAGUCUAACUCCGUGUGCUACGCCAAGAACGGGCAGGUUAUUGGCAUUGGAGCUGGACAGCAGUCUCGGAUACACUGCACACGCCUUGCAGGGGAUAAGGCCAACUGUUGGUGGCUUAGACAUCACCCACAGGUGCUUUCAAUGAAGUUUAAACCGGGAGUGAAGAGAGCAGAAAUCUCCAAUGCCAUUGAUCAAUAUGUGACUGACACCAUCGGUGAGGGUGAUGAUCUGGUGAAGUGGAAAGCACUGUUCGAGGAUGCCCCUGCGUUACUCACCGAGGCAGAGAAGAAGGACUGGGUGGACAGACUGAGCGACGUUGCCCUCAGCUCCGAUGCCUUCUUUCCCUUCAGGGACAAUGUGGACAGAGCUAAGAGGAGCGGUGUGGCCUACAUUGCGGCUCCUUCUGGUUCUGCCGCCGACCAGGUUGUGAUCGAGGCGUGUGAUGAGUCAGGUCUGGUCUUGGCUCAUACGGAUCUUCGGCUCUUCCACCACUAAAAUUACCACACGGAAACUUCCCAUGCUGGCUUAUUGGUGGAUGAACAAGCAUGUGAACUUUUGAAAGCAUCUUUUUAGAAAGUAAAAUAUGACAUUAAUAAUCAGACCCAUGGAUUUAGGUAGCUGCGUUUUACUUGAGAAGAUAUGUGCUUUCAGCCUGCCUGCCCCUGAGACAGGCCAAGGUCUGCACCUCUCCCUCCCUCGUGGAGGUCCGCUGCCCCCACCACACUCCGCAUGUGACACCCAGAAACUGCAAGGAUGUGUCCUGCAGGCUCCACACUUCCUUGUAGCUUUCCUCUCAGGCAGGCUUUCUUGUCAGAACUUCUGAGAAGCUCAGUUGUCUGCUUUCUAACAACAGCAGAAAACCUCUUGGGAGCUGAAACCCUGGUGGAUUAGUGAGUCAUGCUGACCCCUGAGGAUAAUGCUAAUGCCUGCUUUCUUCUCUGUUUGUAAAAUGUUGCCUGUAACUUUAGCAGUGGAGAUCACCUCUGUGGAACCGCAUAAAUAAACAUAAUCAGGGUUUAGGGUGUAGUUUGGUGACAGAACAUGAGCUUAGCAUCAUGAGGCCCUGCAUUCUUUUCCUCCCACUAAAAAUCCCUCCAUAGAAUCAGAAGAAAGUGAUCUGUAUGGACAGUGUUCCACCCUGAGCCCUUUCAGUGAACCUGGUGCUGUGACUGUGCGCCCACACAUGUGGGCUUGACAGCACAUCUGGAUUUUACCUGUAGUCAGGGCCAGCCUUUUGCCACUGUUCACCUCAGCAGAUGAGUCCUGUCUUCUUUCCUGCGUCUUCAAGUGUCUCUAAGUAAAAGCUUUUCUGGUUGUUUAAA